ACAUUUACCUUAAGGGGCGUCAGGUCCGCCAUCUUGUUUGCAUCUAAAUAAUUGUUGAUGUUUUGAUUUGUAUCCAUGAAGAAUCUUAGACAUCCUUGACGUCUACUGAUAUAUUUGGUGCUGUAAUUUAUCUCAAUCAGUUAUCGAGUGUUGACAUUUUGUCAUUUUUGUGCUUAAGUGAAAGAUUUGCUUCCAUUUAACGGUAUUUGACGUAUACCCCGGAAGCUAAGGAAAAAUGGGCACAAAAGAUGACGAAUACGAUUACUUAUUUAAAGUGGUGCUAAUUGGGGACAGUGGAGUUGGCAAGUCCAACCUUCUCUCGCGCUUCACCCGGAAUGAGUUUAACCUGGAGAGUAAGAGUACAAUCGGAGUGGAGUUUGCUACAAGGAGUAUACAGGUUGAUGGCAAGACCAUCAAGGCUCAGAUCUGGGAUACGGCAGGACAGGAGAGAUAUCGGGCCAUCACCAGCGCGUAUUACCGAGGGGCAGUUGGUGCUCUACUAGUCUAUGACAUUGCUAAACACCUUACAUACGAAAAUGUUGAACGAUGGUUGAAGGAGUUACGCGACCAUGCGGAUAACAACAUAGUGAUUAUGCUUGUUGGGAACAAGAGUGAUUUACGUCAUCUGCGAGCCGUGCCCACAGAUGAGGCAAAGGCGUAUGCUGAGAAGAAUACAUUAUCCUUCAUUGAGACGUCAGCGUUAGACUCAACAAAUGUGGAGACUGCCUUCCAGAAUAUUUUAACUGAGAUAUACAAAAUCGUGUCUCAGAAACAGAUCCGGGAUAACACGGAUGACGAUAAUUCCCCGUCUAAUAACGUUCAAACUAUUACAGUCGCACCAACAGACAAUAGCUCGGCUAAUAAGAAAGCAUGUUGUAAUUCCUAGAUGAUAGAUUUGAGGCACAAAUCAUGCAGGAGUUAGAGGAUUACUUCGCUCUCCUCAUUGUAACAGUGUAAAUGGGAAGAAGAAAACUACUGGACGCCAUUGUGAUGUCUUAAAUUUCAAAUAUGAAACGAAACUUGAACUUGCUCUCUUUUGUAUUUAAUAGUCUAAAUGAUUUAUAAAAAAGAAGAAAAUCAUUUUACAGACGUAGCUAUGAUAUGAUGUAAACUUGAGAAUACAUCUGGUACUUGUUAAACUAUUUAAGAAAAUUGAAUUUUGAUGUUUUAUCGUAAACGUUGUAAUAUGAAAAAUACUGGACACCAACGUGAUAUAUUAUGAUGAUAUGAACUUAAGUGUCAGGUAAUUGCAGAGGUCAAAAUUAGCACAAGCCUGCAAGUCCUUCACUGGUAUAUUGUUUUCCAGGGUUUAUCAAAUCCUUGAUUUUAUAGGGAAUGGCUUGUUGAAAAUAAUUGACGGCCCGUACAUGUGUAAGAAUUUGGGCUUGUACAUCCAAGUCUAAUUUUGAUGACUGUUAUUGCUAAACUUUGAUAAUAUAAGAUUUGACUUGUUUUUUUUAUGAUGUAAGAGAUGAAAUGAAACAAAAUAUAUCAAGUCUUCUUAUUAAUAUAUAUAUAUAUAUAUGUGAUGUUUAACAAGAAUGUGUUGGCUUUGGAACUGAUCAAAUUCCAUUACUUCUGAAUAUUGUUAAAACAUUUAGUUUUAGUUCUGUUUUUCUUUUUUCGAAAUUGUUCAGUAUAUUUAGUUGGUCAAGGUUUUCAAAGAUAUAUAUGUUGUGACACUCUUAAUUGAAUUCAAUACCACCAACAUUAGUGAUUCACCGGGAAGAGAAUUCAGUUGUGGAUAAAAUUAUCUUGUGAUUUAAGUUCAAAUAUUUUUUUGAUAAUUUUUCUUUUAUACAUGUUUAGAGAGAAAGAGACAACAUUUCAUAGAUAACAUUCAGUAUCAUAACAUAAUAUAUAAAAAAAAGGAUUAUUUUUUUGCAAUCAAUGAAUUAUUAAAGAUAUCACAUUUUUUUCACAACUAUACUACUAUUUAAAGUAAUUUCCAAGAAGAAAAUACCAUUUGAGUGACCAUUUGGCAAGAUUACAUAAGUAUUUUUUUUAGUAUUUUGAUUUUUUAUUUGGUGUCCGAUCUUUCAAAGGGAUAUUUUUGCUAGAUUUCAGAUCUACGUUUUGUGUUCUUGAAAGUGUUUUGUAUAUUAUUAUAUUUAUUUAACUUUUCACCAUUAAUGACAUGUUUAAUAAAUAAGAUGUUUAAAGCUGCAUUCUCAUAGAUUAUAACCGUUCAGACAACUUUUUUUUAUUUUUUUGUCUUGGAUUGAGCAAAUUUUUGCAUUAAUAUCUGGAAACCGGUGUUAUAAGACUGGUCACAACAGAUCAGAUUGCAGUGAUCAUAUUUACAUUUGAAAAUUUAUGUUUUCAGGCUAAAAGCAUUACUAAUUCUUUAAGAAAAAAUAGUUUUUCGACAGUUUUCCAAGCAAUUGAGAUGCGUUCGUUUGCGAGUUAUCUUGUAUGACUACUCAAUUUAAGGCAUUGAUGUUAAAAUCAGCUAAUUCUGAGACAAACAUUUAAAAAAAAGUCAAAAUUGUCAAUCUGUGAGAGUGAAGCUUUAAAUCAUGGAACAUUUUGUAAUUACUAAUAAUGCGUUGGGUUUUUCCGUGCAUAUACAUUCUAUGCUUAAAAUCAUUGUGUGGCAGAGUGUUAUAAUUGUUCACCCUGCCUUAAGGUAUUUGUCAAAUAAACUGCAGUGGUCGAAAUUAGCACAGGUCCGCAAGCCCUGUUCUGGGACGAUUCCUUUUCGGGCUUGCUCAAAUUAUGGAUUUGACAUAUCAGGGCUUCGUUAAAAGAUUCCAAGCACUAUCAUGAAAAUUCGGGCUUGUUUGUCGGAAAGUCUAAUUUCGUUGACUGCAACUGUGUUAACAUUAUUUCUAAGCAACAUUGUUAACAUUAUUUCUAAGCAACAUUGUUAACAUUAUUUCUAAGCAACAUUGUUAACAUUAUUUCUAAGCAAAAUUGUUGAGCUUGAUAACAUUGUAACUUUGUUAAGCUUUUUGUAUUUUCUGUGAUGAACUGCAAGUCAGAUGUUUAUAGAUUGUUGGGUACUGUAACAGUUUCACUUGUUGGGGCAUUAAUCUAAAUUUACGGUAAAUAAAAACUCCUGUCCCAAAAUGUAGAGCCUGUACGGUAUUUAUUCAUAUACAUGAAUAUACAUUUACUUUUUUGAGUGAUGAAAUUAUAAGAUAGUAGCUUGUCUGUGUUAAAAGUAUUAAUGACCUCCAUGUUUGGUAAAAGGAAGCUUUCAUUCAUAUGUAAUUAUAUUCCCUAUUAAACAACAACUUUCGAUCAUAAAAUGAAUUGAUAUGAAGCUAAAUUCAAUGACGACCGCCAUUGGUUUAUCAGUUACAUAUUUUUAUAUCAAGGUUGCUCUACGUCAUAUUAAUUGUACAUUUGAUUGGCUUUUUGGUGUACUGUAAAGUUGUCUAAAAUCCUGGCAAGUUUCAAUCAAAUAAUUGUAUAUACAAUAACUUUGUAACCAGCUACUUCAUUUUUUAAAGUGCUGAACAAUAAAUGUUCAAAAAAAACAGAAUAUUUAUUGUGCAUUCUGUUCGUAAGAUUGGGUACUUUCACUUAAUAUAUAUACACUAUUUUUUCAUAUUAAAGCAGUACAUUUCAAUGAUAAAAGCAUUAAGUCUAGCUCCCAUCUGCCCUGAUUGAACCAAGCAUUGGCACCCUUCUCAGUGGUAGAAAUAAGCGGAAGCCAGCAUCCAUAAUUUGAGCAAGCCCAAAAAGCAAUUUACCAGUGUCGGGCUUGCUCAAAUUCAUGAUCUUAUACAGCAGGGCUUUUUCAAAAAGUUGAUGCCAAGUAAUAGCAUAAGAAAUCAGGCUUGUUCAUGAAAGAGUCUAAUUUUGAUGACUGUCUUAAAAUAAUAAAAUGGUUUGAGACCAUUUUAGAUUUAUUUUGUUUUGAUUACAACUUCUUAUAUGAUUAUGAAUACAUAAAAAAUAUGUAUUUGGAAGUUGAAACUUUACUUUUACUUCCGUCAAACACAAUUCCUUACAUUUUCUCUAAUAUUCAUAAUGUUCCAAUUAUUUCCAGCUGGAUACAAUGUGCUCUUUUUCUUAGCACACUAAUGUCUUAAAGCUGCACUCUCACAGAUUGAAUGUUUUGACAACUUUUUAAUUUUUUGUGUUGGAAAGCGGUAAUUUUGGCUCAAAUCCAUGGGAACCAGUUAUAUAAGACUGCUGACAAAAAAAUUAGAUUGUAGAGUUUUAUAUUUAAGUUUAAAAAUUGAUGUUUUGUGCAUUUUCUACAACCAUUAGUAACGGUUCAAGCCAUAAACUUUAAUGUUUGAACGGAAAUAUGAAAAUCUGCGAUCUGAUCUUUUGUCAUCAAUCUUUUUUUACGUAGGUUUGCAGACAGUUGCGCAAAAAAUUGCUCUUUCCAAGGCAAAAAAUAAAAAAGUUGUUAAAAUGGUAUAUCUGUGAGAGUGCAGCUUUAAAACCUGGCUGACACCUGAUAAUUGAUGUCUUACAACUGCUCUCUGUUUUCAUAUAUCAUAUCAGAGUACCUGUUUAACAAUGCGGUAUAAAUAUUGACACGUUUAAAAGAGUGAAUAUGUGUCGCUUAUUGAGAAGCGUGGAAUAUGUGUACGUGUAAAUGUGUAUAUAUUAUGUGUAUAUGUUUGUGAAACUGUGAAUGUAAUUAUUAUUCCAUAAAAUUUGUCAAGCA